CGAGCGAAUUAUUCUUUGGAGUGACCGAUCCGUGUAGUUUACGAGUCGCAGCCUUUCUGUAUUUUGCUCUGUUCGAGAAGUGUUGAAACGCAUGGGAUGCGCAUGGUAUUGGAAUAAUUACGAGUUUUAGGUUAGCUGAAUAAUAUUUUGUAUUUUGUGAAAAAUGGCAGCGGUAGACGAUGCUUGUUUGUCCGCUUUAGUGUUAGAGUAUUUGAACAAGAAAGACAAGAACUUAGCUAAUGUGUUCCAGAAGAAAACCAAUGCGCCUCCUCUACCAAAAGGAUCACCUACAAUCGCCGAUGUUUUCACACAUUACCAAAAGACAUCGACGAAAAAAAUCCCACCGCUAAAAUUAUCUUCGGUCGGUUCUUCUGACGAGAGCUCCUCUGAGGAAGAUACGCCUCCCACAAAACCCGUGAAAGGCGUGAAGCCUAUUUCUAAUGGAAUUACGAAGACAAAACCUGCCGCUAAAGAAUCAUCUUCAGAUUCUAGCAGUGAAGAAGAAGCUAAACCAGCACAAAAGCCUCCUGCAAAAUCUGCGCCAAAACCUGCUCCAAAAGAAGUGAAAAAAGAUACUAGUGAUAGCGAUUCUGAUUCUGACUCUGAUGAACCCAAAGUUCAGACAAAGGCUACUGUACAAACUAAAUCCCCCGCAAAACCAGUUAAGCAAGCACCGCCGAAAAAAGCAGAAUCAUCUAGUUCUGAAUCUUCUUCUGAAGAAGAGGUCAAAAAACCAACCAAACCUGUACAAAAACCUGUUGCUAAGCCAAAAGAAUCGAGUAGUGAAGAGUCUUCAUCAGAAGAAGAAACCAAACCCCCUGCAAAGACAGCAGCAAAACCAGUGGCAAAACCUGUAACCAAACAGCCUGUAAAAACAACUCAAUCAAGUUCUUCGUCUGAAGAAGAAUCUAAGCCAAAGCAAGUUAAAACACCUGCUAAAUCGGCUACAAAACCAGUUCCUGUAAAGUCUAAGAAAGAAUCCAGUAGUGACGAUAGUUCGAGUGAAGAUGAAGCUCCCAAACCAAAAGCUCAACCCGUCAAAAAAGGAAAACCUGCAACACCUAAAAAGGAAUCUAGUAGUGAUAGUGACAGUUCCGACGAAGAUACAAAACCUUUACCUACUAAGACAACAGCCGCAAAGCCUGCUGUUAAGAAAGAUUCUAGUAGUGAUGAUAGUUCUGAAGAAGAGGCUCCUGCUGUAAAGCCGAAACAAUUGCCGGCUGCCAAAACACCUGCAAAAACAAAACCUGUUACAAAGAAAGAAUCUUCUAGUGAAGAAAGUUCUGAGGAAGAACCCAAGAAAGCUGCAGUUAAAACUCCUGUGGCUAAACCUGCAAAGAAGGAAUCUAGCAGCGAUGAUGAUAGCUCUGAUGAAGAUGAACCUGCAAAAUCAAAAACAUCUACACCUACAGCUAAAGUUCCAAAAGUUACAAAGCCAGAAUCAUCUAGUGAUAGUGAUUCCUCUGAAGAAGAAACUAUUUCAGUAACUCCAGCCAAACAGAAGAAAAGUGAGUCGCCUGUUAAAACCUCUACAAAGAAACGUAAAGCCGAAUCUUCUUCUGAUGAUUCUGAUGAAGAGGAAGAGGCUUCAAAACCAGUAGCUAAAAAGCCAACGUAUGAUAAUUUUGUCAAAGCUGGCGAAAAUGGAACUGAAGAGAAUGAUGACACCAACUCACCUCAUAACAAAUCUGGAGGAUUUAAUGAUCGGCGCGGUGGAUUUAAUGGGGGCCGUGGAGGCGGGCGCGGUUUUGGUGGGAGAGGGGGUGGCGACCGCGGAGGUCGUGGCCGUGGGGGAUUUGGCGGGCGAGGUGGACGUGGUGGAUUUGGGGGAGAUCGAGAUGGUGAUAAUCGCAAUGGUGGUGAUCGAAAAAGUUUCGGUGGAGGUCGCGGUGGCUUUGGCGGUCGCGGGGGCGGCGGUGGUGAUCGUGGAGGUUUCCGUAAAUCUUGGGGAGGCGAGGGUGGCCGUGGUGGCGGUGGUGGUUUUGGCGGUCGAGGUGGACGAGGUGGUGGUGGCCGGGGUGGUUUUGGCGAUAGGGGUGGGCGCGGAGGCGGUGGUGGCUUCAACAAAAGCUUCGGAUCAUCAGGAGAAAAUAAGAAAAUUACGUUCGAUGAUUAGAUUUAAGUUGAUUUGUAUUAAAAGAAAGGAGCACGAGGAUCAUGGGGUGAAAGGGCUAAUCUUGAUUUGAAACACACGAGAGGAAAAUCAUUUAGACAUGAAAAGACUAAAAAGAAACGAGGUUCAUAUCGAGGUGGUGCCAUUGACAUGUCUGUGAACUCCAUUA